AUGGCAAUCAGAUCCCUUCUCAUCCUGGCCACGGUAGCCCUCGCGACUGCGGAAUCCUCCGUGGUCUCGAUGUUUAUCCCAGGCGUCGACGGCAACGCGUUUGUCGGUUCAAUCAUUGCCCAGAGCACAGGCACGACCACCUACAGCAUCAAUUGUCCCGCUGGGACUGAUAGCAGCGACUGCGGCGUGUCGCCCGGUCUGUUUUUGACCUCGGGACCGAAGAAAGUGGAAUAUUCCAUCAGUGAGGGAAAUUUCUAUGGGCACAUGAUCUGCUCCGUGGGAGGCACGACGGCCGCCGUCUGCACGGAAAUUGACAGCGGCUCCGAUGCCAACUUCCCCGGAACACACACCACCACCCUAGCGAGAAGCGAAAUCACUUCCCUCCCCGUUACCAUCACGGCCGGCGCGACCACCAAUGCGGCCUCUGAUACCUCUGCGUCGACCACGGAAUCCUCCACGACCGCCGCUUCGGAUACCACUGCGUCGCAGACCUCUGCCUCAAACUCGGGCGCGAUGACUUCGUCCACCAGCUCCAGUACUGGUGGCAUGUCGCAAAUCACUGGUGCUCCCGUGCUCGCCCUGGGUGCUGCGGUCGCAUUCGUCGCAGGCGCAUUCUAA